AUGGCCCACCACUACCCCGACGACGCCCCGCCGUACGCCUACACCCCGCGCUCCGCCCCCUACGGCCUGGCGCCCCCGCCGCACGCCUACCACCACCACCAGCCCUACGCCCACCCGCUGCUCUCGCCCUACACCCAGCACCAGCACCAGCACCACCAGCCCUCCGUCGAGCCCGCCCUGUACCCGCCCUCGCCCACGCCCGCCGCCGCCCUCGCCGCCGCCGCCUACCCGUACCCCACCGCCGCCGCCUACGCCCCCACGCCCACCGCUGCCGCCGCCGCCGCCGCCGCCGCCCGCCCCGCGCGCUUCCACUUCCACGACUCGCUGCGCGCCGUCGACAUCGAGAGCCAGGAGUCGUUCAACGAGCACUCCAUGCUGUCCGAGCCCGUCAUGCCGCCGCUCGACGGCUUCCCCGACGUGCGCGAGUUCGACCAGCUGAUGAAGAGCUACGUCGACGACCUCUCCGUCAAGAAGCAGGACAAGGCCCUGAUCCACUCGCGCCGCGCCCGCAACAUCCGGACCGUGCUGCUCGACCCCAAGGACACCGCCAUCGAGUCCGCCCAGUUCAGGUUCUGGGUCAAGAAGAUGUUCAAGCUCGAUCCCAACGACGGGCGCACGAUCGAGACGAAGCGCAUGAUCUGCCACGAAGGAAAGCCCGUGGCCAUCCGCGAGAAGCUGUUCAAGAUCCUGACGCGCGCCCACCAGCAGUGCCAGCACGGCGGCCGCGACAAGACCUCCGCGCAGGUGCGCCGCAUCUACUCGUGGGUGCCCAAGGAGCUGAUCUCGCGCUUCGUCAAGAUCUGCCCGACCUGCCAAGUGCGCCGCGGCGGGUCGCGUCUGACGCCGCCCAACUCGUGCCGCACGUCGCCCAAGCUCGAGCUGCUGGCCCACCACCAGCACCAGCACCAGCACGCCGCCGUUGCCGCGCCCGCCUCGCUGCUCUCGCCACCCGACUCGCGCCGCGAAUCCAUCAUCAGCCGCCCCGGCGUGCCGUACUCACGCGCCGAGCUACCCCAGCCUCCCAGCAUGAGCUCCUGGGCCGCCGCGGCCGCCGCCGUCGACCCCAACAACCAUCACACCAGCCCCACCACCACCACAGCUACCACGACCGCCCAACAACAGUACCACGGCCACUACACCACCAUGCCUGCUGCCGCUGCCGCCACCGCGCCGGCUUGGGCCGCGUCGCUUCCGAGAUCCAUGUCCGCCACAAUGCAUGCCGGCACUAGUUCCAGCACCACGACCACCACCACCACGGCCGCCCCCAACAUCAGCAGCAGUAGCAGUAGCGGCGGCGGCCAUGGGUCCUUGGGCUUACCUUCGCAUCAUCUCGAGUACGAUUCCUACGACGAGUCGCACACGCUGCCGGGGCCGCAUUAUUAA